GCUUGAGGUGGGCCGGGGGCCCAGGGAGAAAGGCGGGGAGACGAGGGCGGGCUGGGCGGAUUCGACGAGCGCCGCAGCGGUUGGCGAAGCGGACGGGGCGCAGCCUUCCCGGUGCGAGGAACGGUUCCCGCUGACAGAUCCCCUUCUUCCGGCCGCGCCACCCGGGAGGCGGAUCCCCGGGGCCUGAGGAGGCUUCCUCGGCCCGGCCCGGCCUCCCUCCCUCUCCCGCGGGUCACCCGAGCGGCCUGUGAGGAGGAGGCGGAGGAGGUCGUCGGGGGCGGCGGCAGGCGGAGACCGCGCUCCCCCUUUCCCGGCGGCGGCGGGGGCAGGACAAUGGAGGUGGCUGUGGAGAAGGCGGCGACGGCGGCCGCGGCGGCUUCGGCGGCGGCCGCCGGGGGGCCCUCGGCGGCGCCAAGCGGGGAGAACGAGGCGGAGAGUCGGCAGGGCCCCGACUCGGAGCGCGGAGGCGAGGCGGCCCGGCUCAACCUGUUGGACACUUGCGCCGUGUGCCACCAGAACAUCCAGAGCCGGGCGCCCAAGCUGCUGCCCUGCCUGCACUCCUUCUGCCAGCGCUGCCUGCCCGCGCCCCAGCGCUACCUCAUGCUGCCCGCGCCCAUGCUGGGUUCGGCCGAGACCCCGCCGCCCGUCCCCGCCCCCGGCUCGCCGGUCAGCGGCUCCUCGCCGUUCGCCACCCAAGUUGGAGUCAUUCGAUGUCCAGUUUGCAGCCAAGAAUGUGCAGAGAGACACAUCAUAGAUAAUUUUUUUGUGAAGGACACUACUGAGGUUCCCAGCAGUACAGUAGAAAAGUCUAAUCAGGUGUGUACAAGCUGUGAGGACAAUGCAGAAGCUAAUGGGUUUUGUGUAGAAUGUGUUGAGUGGCUCUGCAAGACCUGCAUCCGAGCUCAUCAAAGAGUGAAGUUCACGAAAGACCACACUGUGAGACAGAAGGAGGAGGUAUCUCCAGAGGCAGUUGGAGUGACCAGUCAGCGACCAGUGUUUUGUCCUUUUCAUAAGAAGGAGCAGCUGAAGCUUUACUGUGAAACAUGUGAUAAACUGACAUGCCGGGACUGCCAGUUAUUAGAGCAUAAAGAGCAUAGAUAUCAAUUUAUAGAAGAAGCUUUUCAGAAUCAGAAAGUGAUCAUAGAUACACUAAUCACCAAAUUGAUGGAAAAAACAAAAUACAUAAAAUUCACAGGAAAUCAGAUCCAAAACAGGAUAAUUGAAGUAAAUCAAAAUCAAAAGCAGGUGGAACAGGAUAUUAAAGUUGCUAUAUUUACAUUGAUGGUAGAAAUAAAUAAAAAAGGAAAAGCUCUACUGCACCAGCUUGAGAGCCUUGCCAAGGACCAUCGCAUGAAACUUAUGCAACAACAACAGGAAGUGGCUGGGCUUUCUAAACAGUUGGAGCAUGUCAUGCAUUUCUCUAAAUGGGCAGUUUCCAGUGGCAGCAGUACAGCGUUACUUUAUAGCAAGCGACUGAUUACAUACCGGUUACGGCACCUUCUUCGAGCGAGGUGUGAUGCUUCCCCAGUGACCAACAAUACCAUCCAGUUUCACUGUGAUCCUAGUUUCUGGGCUCAAAAUAUUAUCAAUCUAGGUUCUUUAGUAAUUGAAGAUAAAGAGAGUCAGCCACAAAUGCCUAAGCAGAAUCCUGUUGUGGAACAGAAUUCACAGCCACCAGGUGGUUUAUCUUCAAACCAGUUAUCCAAGUUUCCAACACAGAUCAGCCUAGCUCAAUUACGACUCCAGCAUAUGCAGCAACAGGUAAUGGCUCAGAGGCAACAGGUGCAACGGAGGCCAGCACCUGUGGGUUUACCAAACCCUAGAAUGCAGGGGCCCAUCCAGCAACCUUCCAUCUCUCAUCAGCAGCCCCCUCCACGUUUGAUAAAUUUUCAGAAUCACAGCCCCAAACCCAAUGGACCAGUUCUUCCCCCACAUCCUCAACAGCUGAGAUAUCCACCAAACCAGAACAUACCACGACAAGCAAUAAAGCCCAACCCACUACAGAUGGCUUUUUUGGCUCAACAAGCUAUAAAACAGUGGCAGAUCAGCAGUGGGCAGGCUACCACAUCAACUGCCAACAGCACAUCCUCUACUCCUUCUAGUCCCACCAUUACUAGUGCAGCAGGAUAUGAUGCAAAGGCUUUCGGUUCACCUAUGAUUGAUUUGAGCUCACCAGUGGGAGGUUCUUAUAAUCUUCCUUCUCUUCCAGAUAUUGACUGUUCAAGUACUAUUAUGCUGGACAAUAUUGUGAGGAAAGAUACUAGUAUAGAUCAUGGCCAGCCAAGACCGCCCUCAAACAGAACCGUCCAGUCACCAAAUUCAUCAGUGCCAUCUCCAGGCCUUGCAGGACCUGUUACCAUGACUAGUGUACACCCACCAAUACGUUCACCUAGUGCCUCCAGUGUUGGGAGCCGAGGAAGUUCUGGCUCUUCCAGCAAGCCAGCAGGAGCGGAUUCUACACACAGAGUCCCAGUGGUCAUGUUGGAGCCAAUCCGAAUAAAACAGGAAAAUAGUGGACCUCCGGAAAAUUAUGAUUUUCCUGUUGUUAUAGUGAAACAAGAAUCAGAUGAAGAAUCUAGGCCUCAAAAUGCCAACUACCCAAGAAGCAUACUCACCUCCCUGCUCUUAAAUAGCAGUCAGAGCUCUACCUCUGAGGAGUCUGUGCUAAGGUCAGAUGCCCCUGAUAGCACAGGAGAUCAACCUGGACUUCACCAGGAAGGUUCCUCACAUGGAAAGUCUGACUGGCUAGAUGCCUCCCAGAAGUCACCCCUUCAUGGUGGAGAGACCAGGAAAGAGGAUGACCCCAAUGAGGACUGGUGUGCAGUUUGUCAGAAUGGAGGGGAACUCCUGUGCUGUGAGAAGUGUCCCAAAGUAUUUCAUCUUUCUUGUCAUGUGCCCACUUUGGCAAAUUUUCCAAGUGGAGAAUGGAUUUGCACUUUCUGCAGAGACUUAUCUAAACCAGAAGUUGAAUAUGAUUGUGAUGCUCCCAGUCACAACUCAGAAAAAAAGAAGACUGAAAACCUUGUUAAAUUAACACCAAUAGAUAAAAGGAAGUGUGAACGCCUACUUUUAUUUCUUUACUGCCAUGAAAUGAGCCUGGCUUUUCAAGACCCAGUUCCUCUAACUGUGCCUGAUUAUUACAGAAUAAUAAAAAAUCCAAUGGACUUGUCAACUAUCAAAAAGAGACUACAAGAAGAUUAUUCCAUGUACACAAAGCCUGAAGAUUUUGUAGCUGAUUUUAGAUUGAUCUUUCAAAACUGUGCCGAAUUCAAUGAGCCUGAUUCAGAAGUAGCCAAUGCUGGUAUAAAACUUGAAAGCUAUUUUGAAGAACUUCUAAAGAACCUUUAUCCAGAAAAAAGGUUUCCUAAACUAGAAUUCAGGAAUGAAUCAGAAGAUAAUAAAUUUAGUGAUGACUCAGAUGAUGACUUUGUACAGCCCCGGAAGAAACGCCUCAAAAGCAUAGAGGAACGCCAGUUGCUUAAAUAAGCAACACCAUUGGUGUGUGCUGGUUUUUAGAUUUUUUGGUUUUGUUUUUAAAAAACAUUUUGUCGGUAAUUUUAACAUCAUUACAAAAAGAGUUUGUGACCACUCUGAUCUGUACGUUUUUGAUGUUUACUAGAUUUUGAUUUCCUUAAUAAACCAUUUCUUUUAAUCUUCUUAUUAAGAACGAAAAAGAAGGGAAGUAAGGAAAGGAGUAAAAGGGAGUCGGAGAAGGGAGGCAGGAAGGAAGGGAGAAAGAAGCAUCAACAACAAAAAGACAUGCUUCCUACUUCUUGGAUUUCAGAACUACAGUUGGAGUGAUAGCAACUAUAGAAAGGAAAUAGAGUAUGUAUGAACUCUUAAGUUGAAAAUUUAAUGUGGUUUGGAUGUGUGCAUUAACCGAUUUUUAGAAAAUACCACUACCCAUUAAUUAUGGCCCAACCAUGAGUUUAGGUGUAUGGUACUUAAGAACAGUACUCCGUGAACAUGAGUGGUAAUAAGAGUUCUAUCCUAGAAUGCUGACUGGUACAACAAAAAAGUAGAUUAGAUGCUAUUAAGAAGGCACCUAACAGUAUAUCAUGUAAGAUGGCAACUGUAUUAAAGAAAAAGCAGGAAAACAAAUGUUUGAUUUUUGUUUUGUUUUUCCCUUGUCUGUAGAGGUGUCUGGUAUAGCAGGUGUUCAAAGCCAUUUUUCGUACGUUUCUAAAUAUAACUUCUUCCACUGAAGAAGUAAGUGUACACGUUUAGUUUGCUGUGUGUGUCUGUGUGGUUUGUUGUUUGCUUUUUAUCUGUGCAGGUGAUCCUUUUAUAACGACUCAUUGUUUGCAGUAUGGCUGUUAGUGGAACUACCGAGAACAUAAAACUACAGCAGUGUGCGCCAUGUUUGAUGUGAGGAUUCUUCAACAUAUACCCUGGGCACUAAAUAUAAGUUCCCCUAAAAGGGACUAGUUUUGUGGUUUUCAUCUUUCUUUAUAAUUUGGAAUAAAAAUCUGUUCUGGAAUUUGGGAGCAGGCAGUUGGAGGGAAUUACAAUGAAAAUUUAAUUUUUCCUGAAGCUUCUGUUUCCUAUUUUUAAAAGUCAGUACCCGAAAUUGAAUCUUUUAUCUUACUUGAUUUUGAAUUUCAUUUUCAUCCUCCCGAUAGAGAUACAAAAGACCAAUCUUCUGAGAGUAAGCACAGUGCUAAUGAGCCAGACCUCACUAGUUAAACUGACAUUCAUUUAUUCCUUUCGCUUGUUCAGUGUCAAAGAAGGAAACUAAAUUUAGAAGAAAAAAAUUGUGCCAGUCUAACAUUUGACAAAAUAUUUACACAUAAAGUUUUUCAAAGUAACCUUUAUAAAACAUUAGUUGACUGAGGGAAUUUUUCUCUUUAGGCUGAUAGAAUAAAAAUAAGGCUGAGGUGAAAAAACCUUAAUCUUCUUUGGAUGGUUUCAACUUCCAUGAAUUACACCUAGAGUCCUUGCUUUUUUCCACAAGGCAUUACUUCUUAAAAUGGACAAUUUGAAAAUAUCCUGGGGCUAGUUCAUUGUUUUCAUCAUUGUUGUUAAAGAUAAAAUAGAAAACUUAGGAACAAUAGCUUCUUGUCGUAGACUUAGGUCUUGUCGAUAAUAUGUCAAUUACUUAUUAAUGGUUAAGAAGUCUUAAUCACUUUUCCAAAUAUGGGUUUCAGAAUAGUUGUUGUAUUGUGAAUAUGUGUUAGACAUUUAUUCUCCAAAGUCUGAACAAAUUUUAAUACCAGUGCAUAUCCCAUUUAAUUUUUUUUUCUCUCUAGCAUUUUUAGCACAGCAGCUGUGGAGGUUUUGCUAGUAAGUUUAUUGUUAUCUCAGAAUUCUCUUCUUCUGACCAUUUGUUCUUCCAUACUUGUUUCCCAAGUUAAAACAGCAACACAUAAAUUUUGAGGAGGGUACAAAGGGAAAUAGCACUUAAGGGAGAAAAAUAUGUAUAUAUAAUUUCUUAAAUGCAUCUGAGCCAGAAUUUCUUCUAUUGUGCCCAAAACUUUCAUUGUUACAUUUAGUCAUCAUAAUCUUUUAAAAACAGUAUUUCACCUUUACUUUUUUUUUUUUUUUUCUGAUUGAAAGGUAGUGUUAAGAACCAUCUUUCCUAUAAUCACACAUAAUAUAAAUUACAUUAAAACUAGUAUUUCUCUCUCCAAACAACCUUUUCAUAAUGGUCUUUAUUAAAGUCCUGUGACCUUAUUAACAAGCACCUGUGUCUGGGUGGAUCCCAGUUUAGUAGCUCUUAUGAGGUGAGCCUCACCCAUAGUUCAGUGUGAUUCAAACAACCUUGACCUAAACUUAAAACACUCCAGUGUUUACCUCUGAUCAAAAACUCCAGAUUUCCUUCUAGAUUUGGAACCACGGCCCAGUGUCAUAGAUGUAAGACCCUGUAAUACUAGAUGUGAUAACAUGAUGACACCUUUGGCCAGAGCUUGUGAAUUGAACAGACCAUGUGGGAGCUAGGAUUUAUCUAAUUCUGGCUCAUCAAAAGCUUUUGCACGUAUCAAGCAUCUGAUAUUUUUGGCUUAAGGAAAUAAUGUAUUCAGAAUACAUUUGGACAUGAGCAUCUGGCAAUGCAGUUAUUUUGUCCUUUCAAUUAAUAGGCCUUGCUUGUCUUCUCUGAGUGGAGGGGUAAGAAGUCGGAUGUGCUAAAAGGAAAAUGCCCUCUUGGUAGUUUUACUUGCUUUUCCAAGCUAAAGAACAGGCUCCACAUUUUACUCCUACGCCAUAGGAUAAAUGCAGUAUAACUUAGGAAUACUUCAAAAAGAUUCACUCCACAAUCAGAAGGGUGAGUAUACAGUUGAUUGCUCCAUUUAUGAAUUUGCAUUUCAAAUUUCUAUGUUGUUACGGUGCUUAAACUUUCAAAUUAGGGUUCCAUAAACAGACUAGUUAGAAAUGAAAGGAGGAACCCUUCCUUUUGCUGAGGCCUGAUCCAUAAAUUGUGAAUCCCUAAAGUUGCUACAUGUGAGCAAAAGGUUUGUAGGUGUAAAUAAAAGAUGUGCUUAUUUUCUGUUAUGAAUGAGAGAAAUUGAUCUGAUUGGUUAUUAUGGACAUGACUAUGAGUUGGACCAUCUACUUUCUUAUGGAAGCCCUCCUUUUAAGUAAAAUGUACAUAUUUUUUAAAGUAUUUUGUAACCUCAUGUAAAUUAAUAGUUGAUAUCUUUUUACAUAUAUUGCCCUUUCCUCUUGGGUGUGAAUUUAGUUAAGUCAUAGUUCACAAAGUGGUAGCUCGUGUUCCUUAGUGAGAAUCAUGCUGGCCAGUCAGACCACCAGUUAUUUUCCCCACAAAGAUUCGCUUAUUGUGAAGGACCUCAUAGGCAGCCGUCUUUGUUGUUUGGUGUUUUGUUUUGUUUUGUUUUAAUUUGGGGGGGAGGGGCAAUUGGUGCUUUGAUUUUUAAUAAAAAUUAGCUUUGAUGGA